AUGUCUUUCUUUUCGUUCAUUUUAUUUCUCUCUUUCAUUCCUAGAUUCACUAUUUUCUUUUAUAUUUUUUUCGUUUUUCUGUCAUUUUUUAAUUCUUUCUUUCAUUUAUCUCAUUCAUUUUCUCAUUUUUGUCUCUUUUUUCCUUCCGAAAUUCACUCUUUUCAUUUAUCUUCUACAUCUUUCUUUCUUUCUUUCUUUCUUUCUUUCUUUCUUUCUUUCUUUCUUUCUUUCUUUCUUUCUCAUCAUUUCCCGUUUUAUCGUAUUUUUUCUUCUUACCAUUUCCCAUUUUUUCUGUCUUUCUUUCUUUUCUACAUCUUUCUUUCUUUCUUUCUUUCUUUCUUUCUUUCUUUCUUUCUUUCUUUCUCAUCAUUUCCCGUUCUAUCGUAUUUUUUCUUCUUACCAUUUCCCAUUUUUUCUGUCUUUCUUUCUUUUCUACAUCUUUCUUUCUUUCUUUCUUUCUUUCUUUCUUUCUUUCUUCUACAUCUUUCUUUCUUCUACAUCUUUCUUUCUUUCUCUUCUACAUCUUUCUUUCUUUCUUUCUUCGUCAUCUUUCUUUCUUUCUUUUCUACAUCUUUCUUUCUUUCUUUCUCUCUCUCUCUUCUACAUCUUUCUUUCUUUCUUUCUUUCUUUCUUUCUUCUACAUCUUUCUUUCUCUCUCUCUCUUCUACAUCUUUUUUUCUUUCUUUCUUUCUUUCUUUCUCUCUCUUUUUAAUACCUCUUUUAUUUUUUCAUCGAUUUUUAUUAAGUCUUCCUGUCUCCCAUUCUGAUUGUUUUUAUCCUGUGAGGCUCUUCAUCGAUUCUUUUUUGGGGGCUGAAUCAUUCUUUCUUUCUUUCUUUCUUUCUUUCUUUCUUUCUUUCUUUCUUUCCUCUGAGGAUUUCUUUCUUUCUCCAACAGUAAGCAUUUUUUAUUAUGUGAGGCUCAUCUUCAUAUCUCUUUUGCUUACAUCUUCCUUUCUUUCUUUCUUUCUUUCUUUCUUUCUUUCUUUCUUUCUUUCUUUUACUCUUUAUUUCCUUGACUUAUUUAGCUUCUUUGUUUCUUUCUUUCUUUGUUUCUUCUUCCUACUGUAUCACUACGUUAAUAAGCUUUCUUUCUUUCUUUCUUUCUUCUCAGCUUUCUUCCUCCCACUGCGAUUAUUUUAUACUCUGGGUCUCGUAUUGAUUUGCUUACAUCAUUCUUUCUUCCUUUCUUUCGCUCUUUCUGUCUUUUUCUUUCUUUUAUUUUCUUUCUUUCUUUCUUUCCUUUCUUUCUUUCUUUUUUCUAAGGCUAAUAACUAG